AUGGACAGCGUAGUCAACCCGAAGGAAGAUGACAGCCGAAAGAAUUCAAGUCAUGGAGAUGGCAGUGAAGCAACAGCUUUGUCGGUGGCUGCUCAUAAGGGGGCUGGAGAAACUGUGAAGCAGGCAUUACCCAUUGUGCCUGUUAGACUAAAGUCCAAAUACAGUGACAAAUAUGUGACAACAUAUGCCUUUCUAGAUUCAGGAAGCAACGCUACGUUUUGUUUAGAGACUCCUGCGCAUUCCUUAAACAUUGAGGGAAAGAGAACAAAGUUGAAUCUCGUUACCAUGGGACAAGAAAAAGUCCAAGACGCUUACGUCAUAUCAGAUUUGGAAUCUACAUUACCAGUGUCCAGAAAGGACGUGAUUUCUCCAGAAGACUUGAAAGAAUGGCCACAUUUACAUGACAUUGACUUGAAUGUGAUUGAGUGUGAUGUAGGACUUUUGAUUGGUGUCAAUGCACCAAAGGCAUUAGAACCGUGGGAUGUUGUUCCUAGUGCAGAAAAUGGUCCCUUUACAGUGAAAACCUUACUAGGCUGGGUCAUCAAUGGACCACUGGAAGUGACUCCAAACGACAACAAUGACAGGAAGUUUCUAGAUCUUGUAUCAAAGUCUAUUUGUUUUGAGGACGGACAUUAUCAAAUUGGACUUCCAUUUAAGUCUAAUGAUGUCAGAUUACCAAAUAACAAGAAACAAGCUGAACAACGGUUAUCGUCUCUUGUAAAACGAUUCAAUCAUGAUGAAAACUUUCACAGUGAGUAUUGUGAGUUUAUGAACAAGAUUAUGUACGAUGGAUAUGCUAUCAAAGUUUCAACUGAAGAUACAGAGCAAGUAGAUGGCAAAGUUUGGUAUCUGCCGCAUCAUGGAGUGUAUCAUCCAAAGAAGAAAAAGUUGAGAGUGGUGUUUGAUUGUGCGGCUAGAUUUCAAGGCACAUCAUUAAAUGAUCAACUUUUACCUGGACCAAACUUAACUAGUUCACUUGUGGGUACACUUCUGAGAUUCAGACAAGAGGAGAUUGCAGUGAUGGGAGACAUAGACAGUAUGUUUUACCAAGUUCAUGUACCAAAACAAGAUGCAAGCUUCCUUAGGUUUCUGUGGUGGGAAGAUGGAGACACAACUAAGAAGAUCGUAGAGUAUCAGAUGGUAGUACACUUGUUUGGCGCAUCAUCAUCGCCUAGUUGUGCUAAUUACGCUCUUAGAAAAACUGCUAGAGACUCUGAAGAACUCUUUAAUUCUGAGAUCAUCAACACCGUGUUUAAGAACUUUUAUGUUGAUGACUGUCUGAAGUCCGUCAAGAAUGUUGAUUAUGCUAUCGACUUAAUUAAGGAUAUACAAAGACUUCUUACUCGGGGAGGAUUUCACAUUUCAAAGUGGAUAAGCAACAACAGAGAUGUCAUGAUGACAAUUCCAAUCUCAGAGCGAGCAAAAGAAGUCAAGGGCCUCGACUUAGAUUAUAAUGCACUACCGAUGGAAAGAGCCGUAGGAGUUCAGUGGUGUGUGGAAUCAGAUGUGUUCCGUUUCAACAUAGAAGUUAAUAAGAAACCCCUUACACGAAGAGGAAUCUUAUCCAUGAUAAGUAGUGUUUUUGAUCCUUUGGGAUUUCUUGCACCGUUCGUACUGAGAGCAAAGAAAAUACUUAAGGAGUUAAGUAUAAUUCAUCUUGGAUGGGAUGAUACCACACCUUAG